UGCUUUUCUUCCUCGCCCUCUUUAUUAUAUUUGUCACAACCAAACCUUCAUUCAUUCUCACAGAGAGAGAGAGAGAAAGAAAGAAAGAAAAAACAGAAAAAAAAAAAUAAAAAGAAGAAGAAGAAGAAAGAGAUCGAAAAAGCUCAAGAAACUGAUUCAAGAAAAAAAAAAUGGAAGGAGAGCAUAACCUUCAUCAUCAAGAACAAGAACAACAAAUAUCCACCGAGUUGCUCCGACUCAGAGACUCACUUCAACCCAUUGACCUCUCCUUGCUCCAACACAACAACCCCGCCGCCGUUCGUGUCCCAACUCCGGCCACCGCAAGUGGUGUAUGCCAGUUCCACCACCACCACCCCAACCAGCAAUGCGGCGCCACUACUCCUUCCGGCUCCAAUUCAAUGAAACGGCCCUCGCCGGACACCUCCUCCGCCGAACGGAGGUCUAAGAGGCACUUCUGGGAUCAAGAUAGCCCCGACCUUCAAGGAUUCUCCUCCGUUUCGCUUCCGAUGAGCAUUGCCGCCCUCACCGGAAACAGCUCCGACGGCCACCCGGUUCUCCGCCGCUGUGUUUCCGACCCUACUAAGCCUCCAACUUCGGCGAAGGGUUUUUCCGGAUCAUCGCCUGCGGCAGGCACUGGUUCCGGGCUGCCACCACUGCCGCCGAGUCUGAGGAGGACUGUGUCUGAUGUCACUCCUUCGCCGCCGAAGAUCUUGUCUCGCUCAUUGAGCUCUGAAGAAACCACCACUCCAGAUUUUUCAAUGAAGGUACAAAAGAUGAAGGAACGCUUUAAAGAGGUUCUGCAAUUGUGCCAUAAAGCAUUGGAAUCCGAGGAGGAGGAAGAAGAAGAAGGAGGAGGAGAAAAAGAAGAAGUUGAAGGAAAAGAAAAUGAAGAAAAAGAAGAAGAGGGAAAAGUUAGAGGAGGAGGAGAAGAAGAAGAAUUCGGAGAGUGUGUGGUUGCUGAAGUCCCACCUCAGGACAAUGAUAAUUGGAAAGGAGAAGAAGAAGCUGUGAGUGUAGAGUGGGCUGAUAGGUGUGUAAGAAUUAUUUUUAGGUGCCCUUGUGGAAGGGGUUAUGAGGUUCUUCUCUCUGAAAACACAUGCUACUACAAGUUGGUCUAGAAUGAACCAUAUGUUGCAUUUCAUUGUAUUUUAGACUAGAACCAAUAUUGUAUAUGACUUGAAUUUCAACAAUCUAGUGAAA